CCCAGCUGGAUCAGGAGUAAUGUGAGGGAAGGAAAACCAAGACCAAAACCAAAAAAGAGAAGGGAUGAAAGAUAAGAGUGGAAGACGAAGGGGGGAAGACGAGAAUGGAAGGAAUGAGUAUUUGUAUAGCUGCAGCAUCUUCCGGUGGGGGCCUUCCCUGGGCCGGGGGCCUUAGGCGACCGCCUCAGUCGCCUAAGGCUCGAGCCGGCACUGGCCCAACCUGGCCUGAGGUUGCAAGGGUACUUGCAUGCCUCUUCGAGAAGGAUGUCGAGUUCCAGCUCAUUCGUCCCAACAACUACAAGGGCCUGAAAAGGAUGCCUAGCCUCAAGGGCCCACGAUUCAAAUUUCGUCAGGGCGGGGAAGAAGGGAAGAUGACCCUCGUCGACUCGAGGAAGAUAUGCCGACGCAUUACGGAGAAGUAUGUGGACGAAGGGAACAAGGACCUUCUGGGGACCGGCACGCUCGAAAGGGCAUCGAUCGAGCGAUGGCUGCAGACCGAGGCUCGGCGCUUCGACCCCCCAAGCUCUGCUCUGGUGCUCCACCUGGCAUUUGCGCCCCUCAUGGAGCUGGAGCAGGACAAGGAGGAGAUCGAGCAGAACAAACAGAAGCUGAACGAGGUGCUCGACACGUACGAGAAGAGGCUGCAGGAGACGAAGUUCCUGGCGGGGGACAAGUUCACGCUUGCUGACCUCUCGCACCUGCCCAACGCCCAGUUUUUGGCGUCGAACGACGAGUGCCGCUCGUUGAUCAGGUCGAGGAAGAUGGUGAGCGGGUGGUGGGAUCAGAUAUCGCUCCGCCCCUCAUGGCAGAGGGUCGUGGAGAUGCAGCAGGAGAUCCGGGUUAUCUGAGGAUUCGACCAUACUCUGCUUUCUUGCUUUCUUUCAGCGUGUUUGAAUCAGGUAUCUUUAACUCCUUGUGUGUGUGUGUCAUGUCCCCGAUCCGAACUCUGCUUUCUUUCUUGCUUUUCUUUCUUGCCU